GCGACCGGUCUUGCCAAGAUUUGGAGUUUUUGUCUUUGUCGGGGGAGAGCGCAACAGUAUAUAAUGAGGACGUUUUCAUGUUCUCCGCAAAUGUUAAUACUCUCAAUCAUAACAAUUGACUAACUACAUCGAACAUCUUCCUACAUUCAUCAACCAAAACAUCGUCACCAACACUCGCUCACAUACCAACCACUCCAACUCAAUUCCAAUACUAAAGACAUAAUGGCGGCAUCAUCUUCUGCGGAUGUAUUUGCAUACAUUGUUGCCAUCUUCAUCCCGCCUCUAGCUGUCUUUUUGAAGACUGCAUGUGGAGUUGAUUUUCUUAUCAAUAUCUGCUUGACUAUCCUUGGCUGGAUCCCUGGUGUUAUCCAUGCCUGGUACGUGAUCUCAAAACAUGACCCAGCGAAAUACGCACCAUAAACAGGGGCACUAUAGGGGGAAUGCCGGCGAUGAUUGGUGACGAUUGGUAAUGAUACCUUGGAGGCGGACAUAUCUAGGAGCGAUUGGCGUUGAGGGUCGGAGGGAAUCUCAUCGACAGUUCAUUCUGAGACGAGGAUAUCCCAGGAGUACUAUGUUGUUUUUAUACCAUUCAGGUUUAGGCGUUGUUCGAACUGGUCACUCAUACCGCAAUAAUAAGCAUGUAACCGUACACAAUUCAUUUUUAUCUUCUCGAAUCGAUACCACCUCACCAACAUACCGAAAUGGCUGUUGUUGUGUCAAUGCUUGGAAGUCUGAAAGAUGCAUCCAGCGCCCACCUAAGCCCUACGCAAGAUCGGAUAAACCGGAUGGCUGCAGUCCACUAAGUUGAAACCGAUUGAUAAUAUUUGGUAAUUAUUCGAGGGCGGACACGCCAUUAUCUCUUGGACUGCUGGACUAUCUGACUCGAAUGCGGCCAUUUACUGAUAAAACUCUUGGAAUGAUGAAGGUCAAGAGAUUAAUGAGAAAAGAUAUGUCAAGCAUAGUUAUUAGGCACAUGUAGUUAAUCAUAGCCAAGCGAAGGUCCCUUUAUUUCGCCCCAAAGAACAUAUAAAUAAAUGUCAUCCCCUCCGUCUUA